AAUGCAACCACAACAGCGUCGAGUGUUCACAGCUGCCCUUCUGGCGCUCGCUUUCCUUCUGGCUGCUCUGAGCACCACUGAGGCUGGCAAAAAAGAGAAACCAGAGAAAAAGGCAAAGAAGUCCGACUGUGGGGAAUGGCAGUGGAGUGUCUGCGUGCCCACUAGUGGGGACUGUGGCCUGGGGACACGUGAAGGCACUCGCAGUGGAGCUGAGUGCAAACAAACCACCAAGACUCAGAAAUGUAAGAUCCCCUGCAACUGGAAGAAGCAAUUUGGAGCGGAGUGUAAAUACCAGUUCCAGGCCUGGGGAGAAUGUGACUUGAAUACUGCCUUGAAGACUCGGACUGGGAACCUAAAGAGAGCUCUGCAUAAUGCUGACUGCCAGAAGACUGUCACAAUCUCAAAGCCCUGUGGGAAGCUUACCAAACCCAAACCUCAAGAAUCCAAGAAGAAGAAAAAGGAAGGCAAGAAACAAGAGAAGAUGCUGGAUUAAUAGAGCCAACUUGGGCAAUGUGAGAAAGGGACAUCAGGAAACACGAUCAGUUAACGGUUUCAUUUAUACCUAGGCAUUUUAUCCUAAAAUUAUUUAUAGCUUAAUGGUACAAUAGAAGGAAACAAGCAAACACACAGAAAAAAGACCCCUUUUUUAUUACUUUAGUAUUUUUAAUGUAUAACCCUAACAACAAUUUUUAGAGACUUGCAAUAAAGGACUCCAAACUCA